UGGUGCGGAGCGUGUCGACGGCGCAUCUUGGCCCUGUGGCCACGGCGGAUAACCAAGCGGCGCCCACAUGCAGUAUACCCAGUCCCGGUCUCGGUGCGAGAUUUGAGACUGGCGUUGGCGCAAUGAUGAAGAAUCGUCGGCAAAAAAAAGGCAAAGGAGGGAGGAGGAGAAGUUUGGGUGAUGCCGAGGAGGAGGAUGACGAUGAUGAUGACAAGGACAAGAGUGAGGAAGAGGCAGAGGAGGAGACUGCGACACGGGAUCGGCAGUUUAGGGGCUACGGCAUUGGCGGCGCAGGGAAUAUUAGUGAGUCCAGUCAAGUCCUUUCUGCUUCCUGCACAUUAUAGGGGGCUUUCGGGGAGGGCUGCCCCCU